ACAGUCGCGCUGUAUAGUUGCUUCGAUUAAGACGUGUGGUUCGCUUAAGCGCACGGUAAGAAGAGUCGCUCGAGGGUCACCCGGACUUGUCGACUGACUGAACGGAUUGGAUUGAGCCGCGGCUAGUUUCGAGGCGAUUUUGCCAAUUUUCUCCUCAAACGCGCUGAAAUAUAAGUAAAGCCCUCGAACUAAACAUUGCACUCGGUCAAAAAUCGUACAUAGAAAGCACAGUCAACUACAUUUUGUAGUUCGGUCUUCGAGCUCGAGCGUGUGUGUCGGUAGGCUCGCUUUGCGUUGAAAAGAAAGUUUUCGCUAAAUAUACAAGCCUCAACAAACAAAAUAAAAACGUGCAAGUUUUGUUUUAUUUUGCUUCGCAUUUUCCUCUCCACGCUCCAGACUAGCUUGCACAUAGUUUUCCAAUUUGGUAGUGCCCGCGAAUACCGUAUGGGAAAUCUGAAUCACAGCAAGCGGUCGAUCUUCGUUUUGAUCGUCUCUUUGCAUUUCGCCUAGCCAUAUUUUCCAUGGCAACUGGCAACCAAACUGGCGGUCAUUGCAGCGGCUCAAGUGAAAAACUGAAAACUGAAAAACCGAACUGAAAAAGCGCUUACCAAAAGCAAUGGGGAAAAACUAAGUGUUGUAAUCUGUGAACGUGUGUGUGAACUAUGCAUCGUCGCGUUGUCUAAAGCCAAACGAAAGCUCAAAUAAUAGGGGCAGCAACUGAAUCAACUUGCAACAACAAUACAAACACGUCCAAACAAAGUGCAGUCCCAGCCACAAAGCCGCAGCCGCGGCAGAAACAAAACCCAGUCAAGAAAAUUGUAACACAAGGCUCGAAAAAAAUCUAAAUUGAAUCAUUGCGACACUGCCUUCUUAGUUAUUUAGCAAUUGUAUGCACCAAAACAAAGCUUUUCUCAACGGCAACGGCAACUGCAACUGCCACUGCUGCGGCUCAGCUGCCCCACGGCCCGCGCCCCCAGCUCUUUUCGACCUGAGCUUGCCUAUUGUUACAGUUACGACGACGCGCAAUACCUGCAACAUGGAGUAUUUAUCAGGUCGACUAAGCAUUCUGUGGCUGCUGGGAUUGAGCCUACUGCUAUUCAAAACAGGAUCCACAGAGGCACAGAGCAAACGAGCCUCACGAGUCACCAGUUCCCGUAGCUUUGGCACGAACGUCAAGCCCACAAGCUCCAAUGGCAUUAGCUUCGACUGCCCCGAGGAGUUCGGAUACUACCCGCACCCCUCGGACUGCACCCAAUACUACGUGUGCGUCUUCGGAGGAGCGUUGCUCGAGAGCUGCACUGGCGGCCUCAUGUACUCGCACGAGCUGCAGACCUGCGAUUGGCCCCGGAACGUGGGCUGCGAGUUGGUGGACACUUCAUCGGAGCGCGGUCCCGCACGUAGCCAGGGCCAGAGCCAAACGCACACCCAGGCGCAGCAUGUUCCCAGUAGAGUGCGCUUUGGAGCCGCUUUCAGCAGCCCUGGCGGCACUCAGAAGGCGCCCACUGUGGCCCCACAGUACCACCGCUCUCCGCCACAGGUCAUCCAGGCGCAGGUGCAACACAUACCUCCUCCGCCACCGGAGCUGCGAGUGCCACCCAACCCGGUGAUCACGUCGCGGGGUCAACCAAAACCACUGAUCGAGUCCCAGGAGGACAUUGCGAAGCUGUAUGCCGAAGCGCAAGAGACUUUGCCGCCUGUAGAAGAAGAGGAGUCCGAUCGUCAGCAGAGAGUGUACCGCGGCCAACCUAGUACCGUCAGUCAAGUGCAGCGCGACCGCGAUGGUAUUAUUCACCAGGCCAGUAUCAAUGCCAUUCCUCAAUCUGGCAAAAUCGCAUCGUACGCUUUUGGAACGGCCUACAGCGAAAGCUUGGACGACGACAAAAACGAACUGUCCCAUAACCGACUCGAUGGAGGUAGGCGACGCAAACGUCGCGAUCUUACCGUGCAACUCACGGAAAUUGCGCUCACAAAGCCUGCAGGAAUAGGUAAUUUUAACGACUCUAAUAGUUCGAGCGAAGUGAUGGAUCCCGAUACCACUAGCGCACUUCCAGAUAGUAGUGAAAUCUCAAAUAGCUCAAACAAUUCAAAAGAACGCUUCGAAGAGGCCGCUCCGGCUGUUAAGCUACGUAAAUACUCUUCAAAGAUCAGUCAACCUAAAGGCGAAACCGCCAUGGAGUUCGACUACGAGCAGAUUGCUAAUGAAGACGGGGAGUUGUUGGACGAAGGUGAAGGCGAGGAUGAUGUAGCCACGGGGGAGUCAAAGAGACGACCCCGUCAACUGCGACCCAUUUCACAUACCUCUUCCAAAUGGCCGGGACAAAAUUACCGUGCUAUCGACGCACCCCCUCCCCCACAGUACUCGCAGCAAACAGGAUACAGCUUUGGAACUUACAAUCCGUAUCUCACGCCUCCCAACCCUGCCAAUACACAACCGUUAUACGGCAACCACAAUUACAAUCAGUUAACUCCUGGCUACCAAUCCUACCUGCACCAGCAACAGCAAGUUGCUCCCGCUGGUCCACACCCCCAGCAAAAGCCUAAAGUGGUGUACACUGGCUACAAUCUAUCGUUGCCUCCGCCGCCGCUGGAGGACGAUUUUCGGCCAAUUUCUGGCAGCUACUACGGUGCGGCCGGCACAGGCCCAAGCAGUCCGCGGCCCCACAAUAUCCAGCAGCAGCACUCAAACGCGGGUGACCUUCUCCCCUACCUUAUACAACAGCUGAAGGAGCUAAAAGAGCGGCGCAAGAAUCUGCAGGCGGAAAACUUUGCCUACUUCCAUCUGGACAAUCAGCCGGUAAGCCCGGCCUCCGUUUCAGGAGCCACUUCCGUGCCCACAGCCAGCACCGCCCACUAUUCCUCAGUUGAUCCGUCAAGGCCCGCACAACAGGUUACUCCAAAUGGUCAGUACAGCACCAUGGGCGGAUUCUAUAACAACCAGAAACCGGACCAGGCCCCCUACACUGUUAACUAUCCCGGCAAGUUGGUCUCCCACUACAGCAUUGGUUCUGAUGAUGGACAGCGCAGCACGACGGAGAGCAACUACUUUCAGUAUAACAUCGUAGCCAACCAGAAGAUGAAGGGUGUCCUUAGCACCGCCAAGCCUAGCCAGCUCGGGCUCGCUGCCUUCAAAGUUAGGCCUCCCGUUACGCCGCUGCAGGUGACUCAGAGCAUUAAUGUAGUAUCACCCCCAAAUCUGGCGUACAACAGACCCAAUAGUCUGCAGCAGGUUCCGUUUCGUGACUUCUCGCACCUUCCCGUAGGAAUUAGUUACGCCACCAACAGCACUAUGCCAGAAUCCUACCAGACCUUCACCAAGUCAAUCAGCACCACAGAGGCGCCGCAGGGCGAUCUUCCCAAUAGCAAGUCGAAGCUGACCAACUUUCAGUUCAACAUCCAUGAGUUUAUGGCUAACCUUAAGGCCAGCGAUCUGUCUAGUGUCAACCCGGCCGUAAAUCCGUUGAUAAAAUACUUCAAGCAAGUCAGUAGCGACGGAAAUAGAAAUAGCACCUUGCGCAAUACGCUGGUGCCUCGACGUCCUGUACCAGGAAGUACAAGUUCAGCUAGCACCACAACCUCGACCACCCAGACUCCGACCACGCCAAGUUCUUUGGCGUCCAAAACUCGCUUCAGAGCCAAGUCGACAGUGCCUACGCCUACCACACCAACCACAACGAGGGCUCUGAAGGGGUACGAAAAUUUCAUCAAGGGCAUACAGAACCAACUCAACAAGCAGACCUCUAGCCAAAUUCCCGCCUCCAGCACUUCCCCAAGCACUCUGCGAGUGCCGACCACCACGACUCUCGAAACCGUCGACUAUUAUGACGAAGAUUACGAAGAGGAUGAGGACAUACUGCCUCCGUCUCAAAUGCCUCCUUAUAUGCCCAUGUCCGAGACCAUGGCCCCUCCCCGCCCCCAACUGCCUACAGCGGCACCCUUCACCGAGUCUCCAGGAAAAGCGAGACCAAACUUCCAGACAGGAUUCCUGGAGGCUACGACUACACGCCGUCCGUUUCCUAACUUCUCGCAGCUAAACCAACCAGGUGCCGAGGCCGGCGUGCCUUCCUUUAUUAGCUUUCCCAGCGAUAUUUUCCAAGAGCUGAAGCAGCGGUUGCCUCAUCUUCCCGAAACCAGCACCCCACAAAUCAGUACCAAGGUAACCACGACUCCACGCAGCAUGCGUCCGUCUUCCAAUCCGAGGCCAAUCCCCUCCAGUACGGCGCCGACAACGACUCGAGUGCGUUACACAGUGCGGCCGCAUAAGCGAGGACAACAGAAGUGGAUGACGAUGUCACCGGUCCAGGGACAAAAGGAUGUAAAGAACCUUACCGAGAAUGAACCCGAAAUCUUAGGCUCUAGCAAGCAGAGUAACCUGGGCGGCCUGCAACUAAAUUCCAUACAUGUGGGCUCAGGCGAAGAACGACACAGGGAUAUAGAAUACCAACAGCAGCAGCAACAGGACCAGCAGCAGCCAUCUGUCCCCCAGUACCAACCAACAGUGCGCCAACAGCAGCCGCACUCAACCUACCGCCCCUUAGAGCUCUCGGCUACACCGACACCCCCACAGAAGUCAUCUUACAGCAACCAGCAGACUUUGGCCUACUCCUCAGACUACGAUGAGGACAUUAAUGCGCAGAUCGAACAGGAAAAUUUGUACGAUCAGCCCACACGUUCACCACAGAGGGCGGAACAGGUGGCCAUACAAAGGCUGGAUACUCGACCCAGUCCUUCGACAACCCUAUCCCCGACGACGCCCGCCACCCGUCCGGAUGUUCUCACCUAUUAUGACACUGUGACCACCCCCAACGCCCCGGAACAUGGGCCAGCCGACUACAGCUACUCCAGUUCCGCAGAGUAUGCUUUCGGGUCGGCAGAGGACUACGACCUGAGCGAGCGCACACUGACUCGAGCCAAGUCCACUGCACGCACCUACACGGAUGACUAUGAUCUGAUCGCCAAUGUUGUGGGUCCUACCAGCAAGAGCACAAUGGCGCCACCAACACGAACCCAGAACACAAAAUCAACUUCGGCACUAAGCAGGAACCCGUCCAAGAGUUCCAUCACCAACACAAAAAUUCUUGAGGUCACAAAGUCCACAACAACAACAACAACAACUACAACCACGACACCAUUCCCAUCGACAACAACAACAAAACUAGCAAGCUCGAAAGCGCAUGCAAUUAAGCCUUAUAAACAACAUGUUCCCAACAAAUCAAAGACAACUACACAAGCUUCCAGUACCCCACCCACCACCACGCCCAGCUCCAUACCACCCCCGAAUCCCACGACCUAUAGUUCAAAUCCCUUCCUUAAAUCGAAACUUCAAAAUCUGGCCAAGUCACUGGUACACUUUGUCUCAAACAGCCAGACCAAAGGCAAUAAUACUGGCUUUCGUCAAGUUAAAAACCUGACAAGCUUUGAUCACCAACCCACAAUUCCGGAACCAGUCCCUGACCAAGUUCCCGCCCAAACAUUUUCCCCAGUCCCCGAGCCUUCGUCCACGCAAUGGCCCCUAGUUGAGGAUCACGUUGAGACUGUCUUUGAUGAGAGUCAGAACGUUCAUGUUCAGACGGCUGAACCGCCAAGGAGUCGCUCUUUCGAAACCAGCACCUCGGCCAAAUUCCUGGACUUUAUUAAUGCCGCCGCUUAUGGUACCAGUCCGCGUGGGAACCUCCUGAAUGCUGUGCCAAAUAAAUUUGUGGGAAGGGAUUUUCCCUAUCGAGAAAGAGAUUAUUCAUUCGAGUCAAGCUCAAAGGAACCAGAACUGCAGCGUAAACGUAUUCAGACCUACAUCACUUCCGACGUGGCGCCUGAGAGUUUCAAAGUUCCGGCAAAUGGUGAAGUGCGACCACAGCCGGAAGGAAUGGAAAGCGCAAGUACAACGCGACCCAGUAAGCCAAUAAAACACAGCCUUCAAAGUGGAUCACAUGGUUUUAGUUUGCGUGUGGAACAGAAUGAAAGCGAAAGUAAUGUGUCUGAGCCAAUUUUUGCGGAGAAAAAGAGUCAGCCGUCCACCACAACAGCAAAGAGCCCAACAACACCGGUCGACUCAUCUCAGGAAUAUGUGGACAUCAUACCCACAACAUACGCCCCACCUCUUCGCAUUUGGCGUAACGGAAGACCCACCAUUCAACAGGCAUAUUACAGGCCAACCACCACAAGUUCUAGCACAACCACCACUAGUACCACUACAAGCACAUCACCUCCUACCACCUCAAAUGAUAACGUUCAUUCGAGCAGUACCAUUAGGACUACUACAACACCAAGGGCUCUGGGCCCUCCCAGCACCGAACGCUAUGUUGUACCGGGACAAACUUACACGGCCCGAGCCAAUUACUUCAAAGAUACCCUAAAUCGCGUUACUGCUAACCCGGCAACGCGUUUUGUCUCUCCGUACAAAAGUUUAGAGAACUUGCUCCAGGAAGAUCGCCAGUACCAGUACCACCAACUGCGGACAACAGCUAGGCCGCGCUACACAAAUGCACCUGCUUUCCCGCCCUUCCUCCAUACUACUUCAAAGCCGGCAAAAAAUCUUUUCAUGACCACAGCUAUUAGAAACACCAGUCAAGAUGUUUUGGCCACAAUGGCGACAGGAAACGCACGUAACUUUAGCGUUAGCGACGCAAUACUCAGCACAUUUAGUCCUCAGCGACCAGCGCCGAGUAUGCUGCGAACCACCACUAUGGCAACAACAACUUCUACUAGCACUGAACCACUUCCGCCGGAAAUGACUACUACUGCUGCUCCUACGACCGUUUCAGCCGUGAUCGCUUCUUCGCCCAUCCGCGUAUCACAGUCCCCAAUGCGUCCACGUGGCCGCUCUCGCUAUACGGCGGCCACUCUAAACAAUGUCGGGGACAGCGUAGACGAGCCCACGACGUAUGCACCCAAGUUUAGGUUACCCGCCGGCUUUGAGACCAGCCAGUUUCCGAAACGCAAGCCUCAACGCGUUCGAGUGAUUAGUAAUCAGCGGACUUCCUUUGGGGAGCCAACAGCUAAGCCGCACGAAAAGUAUGAAGCCUACAAAGCUGCUUUGCAGGCCAAGGAUUCCGCUUAUAGCUCCCACAGUGCUUUGAGCAAGUCCCUAAAACACAAGUCUAUCGAGAAUGAAGCCAGCGUUGCAGACGAGCCACGGGCCGAGGCUUUGAUCAGCCAGCCGUUGGAGGCCAGGCAGCAAAACAGCUUAGAGCAGGGUGGGACUGCGAUAGCCUUCAGCUCCACCGAACAUGUGGUGGCGAUUACAGACCGUCCAACUGUCAAGUUUCUUUACUCUAACAAAUACCGCCAGCAAACGGCGGAACGCACUUUGGCAGAGAGUCUUCAGAACGCUGGGUACAUAGCAUCAGCUAACGGGCCAGCACAGAAGUUCCGAUCCGCCAACGUCCUUGAUCAGCUGAGGCAGUUCCUUGCUGGCAGUGAUAGUACCAGCAACAGCGAUGAGAGCGGCACCUCCCAAUUUGUUGACGAGUAUUCAUUGCCCGAGAUAAAGGCCGCAGUCGAUGAGAUCAAGCAACUUUACAUGGUCACUGAUCGACCUGCAACGAGCACUUUACAAACUAGCACGACUACGCUGCGUCCUACCACUACGCCGAUUAUCCCGCCAUCUGCACUCCGAUCCACCACAGCAACCGUUACCUCGUCAGUGCGUCAAGAAGCAAACCAAUCCAAAGCAUACUCCUUUCCCUCCACUUUAAAAGUCUUAAGCACCGAUUCCGCUCUAACUGCAAGAGCCACCCAGAGCACCCCCGACGUUAGUACCACUAGAACGCCGAAAGACCCACCUGUUUACCCGACCCCCGCCCCCAACAUUUCCACCGCUACAGCAACACCCUCUCCAUUUGCACCGCACACUGCGCGCGCUUCGAGGGUUAACAAUGUCAUAAAGUCGUCGAUUGCUGCCGCUGCCCUAGGCCCUAGCACCUCAACCUAUCAGCCACCAGUGUCAGCGGGUAAAGCCCAAAAGCUCCAAUUCGGCUUCGCCCCCAACAAUAAAAACCACCAAAUAAGCAGCAACCAUAAAGGCGCAGCAGCUUCAGCCUCUGUGAAGUGCUCCGACAGCACACUAAACGCCAAAUGCAACGAGAUUCCUUUAAGAAACAACAAUAGAAACCGGGGAAAUGCGAUGUACGCCAAUCAGGAUCGAGACGUACUUUCUACGCCGAAUCGUGGAACUCACCCACCACGAACACGACCCACACUCAAGCCAUCGGGCACGAUCGUGUCAAAGGCCCAAGAGUUUGUCGAUAUAUACCGGUACCCACCGACUCGCCCCGACCCAAUAUACCCACAGCCCACGCCCGAUAAAACGGCAGCCAAGUGCCGGAAGGACGUAUGCCUGUUACCAGAUUGUUAUUGCGGAGGCAAGGAUAUACCUGGCGGCUUGAGCGCCUCGGAGACCCCGCAAAUUGUACUUAUGACGUUUGACGAUGCCGUCAGUACAAUAAAUAUUGAUCUUUACGAGGAACUCUUUAGUAAUGAGUCGCGAAAAAAUCCCAAUGGUUGUCCAUUGCGCGGAACCUUCUAUCUAUCGCACGAGUGGACGGACUACGGAAUGGUACAAGAUCUGUAUUCACAAGGACAUGAAAUGGCAUCUCACACCGUUUCCCACAGCUUUGGCGAGCAGUUCUCGCAGAAAAAAUGGACUCGUGAAAUUGCCGGGCAGCGGGAGAUCCUUGCUGCUUACGGCGGUGUCAAGCUAUCUGAUGUACGAGGCAUGCGCGCACCUUUCCUCUCGGUCGGCGGUAACAAAAUGUACAAAAUGCUAUACGACUCAAACUUCACCUACGACUCCUCCAUGCCUGUCUACGAGAACCGACCACCUUCCUGGCCCUACACCCUGGAUUACAAGAUAUUCCACGACUGUAUGAUUCCGCCCUGCCCAACCCGCUCUUACCCCGGGGUAUGGCAAGUACCUAUGGUCAUGUGGCAGGAUCUAAACGGAGGCCGCUGCUCGAUGGGCGAUGCAUGUUCGAACCCGAGCGAUGCAGAUGGAGUAACCAAGAUGAUUAUGAAAAAUUUUGAACGUCAUUACACCACGAACAGAGCACCUUUCGGUCUGUUUUAUCACGCUGCGUGGUUUACCCAGCCCCAUCACAAGGAAGGAUUCAUUAAAUUCCUGGACGCCAUCAAUGCCAUGCAGGACGUGUGGAUUAUAACCAACUGGCAGGCGCUGCAAUGGGUCAGAGACCCCACACCAACAUCUCGCAUUAAUUCAUUCCAGCCGUUCCAGUGCGACUAUUCGGAUCGGCCCAAACGCUGCAACAAUCCGAAAGUAUGUAACCUGUGGCACAAGUCUGGCGUCCGAUACAUGAAAACAUGUCAGCCAUGCCCUGACAUUUACCCCUGGACUGGAAAAUCCGGAAUUCGAUCUUCCCGCAUCGAUAAUGAAGUUGAAGAACCGGCGGCGUAAGACUCAGGAUCGCCAGUCUCGCAUGGACCUUUUGGGGAUUAAGAUCAUAGGCUAGCAGUAGGCAAAAAGAGACACUCAACAAUCUAAGAUGCCGAAAUGUUUAAGCCACUAUUCAUUCGAGCUCAAAAUACGAAAUUCACUCGUAAUACGUUUUCAUUUAAUUAAUACUUUUAGCUAAUUUUUUAAACGACCAUAGGCAAUUUUUCGGAGCAUGUUACUACAAAUUAUUUAUUCCCUCUUACAUACUUAAUACCUGUCUGUAUAUUCCUAUAGAUUUUUACGUGUACGGUUAUUCUUAAAGUUGCACACGCAAUCGAAGCCGGAUCCCUGUAAACGUAAAUCAAUUAGGUAUAGGACCGUAGACUUAUAAGUACUAAUAAACUGCGUGUUUGGUGCACCAAGAACUUCGAUGAAAUAAUAGAAUACUCAGUAGGAUUUGGAUGCACCAAGUCCAUGGUUUCAACUACGGAAACCGCAUUUAAAGAUUAAGCUAAUACACUUUUUCGUUUAAUGUGUGAUAAAGAGUUACAGCUAACUUUAUGUAUUAUUAGAUGUGCACAAGUCUUUAUUCACGCCUUCCCUUUUUCCAUUUUUUUUUUUGCUUAUCCUGCAAUUAAAAAGUUGUCAAACGCAAGUUUGUAUUGGUAUUGAGUGCAUUGAAAUAGAUAAGUUCUUAUAUCCAUAAACUUAUCUUAUGCUAUUAAAAAUGAAUCACAUACUUUUUACAUUAUUUUAUUUGACCAUACAACGCCACCAACAAAGUGUCAGUUUAAUAAAACUAUUUUUGAAGUUUAUGAGUCGGUACGCAUAAUUGAUACCCAUCGGCAGUCAAUGAGUGAAUUAACAGAAGGAUUAAGAUCAAGAACUAGAAAAUAAGUCGAAGCGAUUGCCAAUAUUUGCCGUUCAUCAAAAAAAUUUACCACAUUGAAUUCAGUUUAAAUAAACGACGUGCAAGCCUGUCAACUGUAGUUUACCAUGUAAGGUAUAAAUAAAGUAUUAAGGGAUUCAACAUGCAAUAAUUAGAGAUGAUAAUCAAAUAGGUCAAGUUGCAUAUAUUUUAAGGGCGUAUACAAAUAGUGAGGUAAAAUAUUUAAAACAGGGCGCAUUAUAAAGCAAUGUUCGGAGAAACGAGUGAAUUAAGUAUUUUGUGCUAAUGUUUGUAAAAAACGAUAUACCUAUGUGUGUAUGAAUGUACUCACGUAUGCUUGCAAUAAAAUGUAAUAUUUAAAUUGUAA